UAAUAAUUUUGGGUUUGGGGUCUCUCUCUCUCUCUCUCUCUCUAUCUCGCUAUUCUCUCUCUCUCCUCCGGCUGCAGGGCUUCUUCUCUGUAUUGAUCGAUCUCCAGUCUCUCCCUACACGCGGCGCACGGUAGAGCCGCCAUCUCUGUUUUACGCCUUCGGAGGUUCGGAUCGGGCUCGCUAGGGUUUGCAUUUUUUUGAUCGCUUUUUCAGUGCGAUCUGUUGGAAGGGGAGACAACAACUAGGGUUAAUAGUUUGAUGCUUUGGUGGGUCUUUGAAUCUGCCAGACUGGUGAGGGUUGGGUUCGGAGUCUGUGAUGGCCAAUCCUGGCGGCGUCGGGACGAAGUUUGUGCCUGUGAAUCUGAAUAAGUCUUAUGGACCGGUUUCCCAGCGAUCAUAUGGUAGUAGCUCUUCGUAUGGCCAGGUCGCAGCGAGCCGAGUCCGGCCUGGUAGUCAUGGCAGUGGAGGAGGAGGAGGCGGUGGCGGAAUGGUGGUCCUAUCACGGCCUCGGAGUUCGCAGAAGGCUGGGCCGAAGCUAUCUGUUCCACCCCCCUUGAAUUUGCCAUCAUUGAGGAAAGAGCACGAGAGGUUUGAUUUGUCUGGAUCAGGUGGUGCCUCGGCGGGGCCUGGGGGUCCAGGUACUGGCUCCAGGCCAACUUCAUCUGGUCUGGGUUGGACCAAGCCUGGGACUGUUGCUUUGCAAGAAAAGGAUGGGGGUGCUGCUAGAUCAGGUGGCGACAUACAGGCAGUUGAUGGUGACAGAUAUGUUGUUGAUGCUGCUACAAAGGCAGGUACUGCAUAUAUGCCACCUUCUGCUCGGUUAGGUGGGGUUGUACUACCAGUUCCCGCACCAGCUCCAUCAGCAGAGAAAGCCGCUGUUUUGAGGGGUGAAGAUUUUCCUUCUUUGCAGGCUGCGUUACCUAGUGGUGUGCCUGGGCCAGUACAGAAACAGAAGGAUAGUUCAAAUAAAAAGAAGAAGCAAGUAUCGGGUGAAGAAUCAUCCACUCAUCAAAUAGACAGUUCUCCAUUGGGUCCACUAGUUCAUAAGCCUCUCCAGGGGCAAUCUUUGCAUCACACUUUUGAGAUUGGAUUAAAGGAGGAUGGUGGUGACAGACAAGGAUUGAGUAGUUCACAAAAGGCAGAGCAAGUUCCAAAGCAGGAUUACUUUCCUAGUCCACUUCCAUUAGUUCAGCUGAAUCCAAGAUCCGAUUGGGCUGAUGAUGAAAGAGAUACAGGUUUUGGGUUUGUGGACCGAGGAAGAGAUAAAGGGUACUCAAAAAGUGAACCUUAUUGGGAUAGGGAGUUUGAUAUGCCCAGGACUGGUGUUUUACCACACAAAGCAGCUCAUAAUCUAUUUGAAAGGUGGGGAAAGCGUGGGGAUGAAAUUGGAAAAGUUUCUUCAAUUGAUAUACCUAAAGGUGACCUUAGUCGCAGGGAUAUAAGAACUCCUAGCAGGGAAAAUAGGGAAGGCAAUUUGAGGACAACUGCCCCUCCCCCGAAAGAUGGAUUUAAUAUGCAGGAAGUGGUCAACGAUAUAAAUGGUGCUGGUGCAAGAUCAAUGGGUCUUCAUAGAGAAAUGGGGAGGGAUAAUAAGUACAUCCCUCCACAUUUUGGAGACAACGUUCACAUUGGUGUUGCAGAAAACCGGGAAUUUGCUUUUGGAAGGAGGGAUGCGGGGCAUGGACAAGAAGGAAGGCAUCAGUGGAAUCACAUGGGAGCAUCAUCUGUUAGCCGAGGGACUGAGCGGAAUACACGGGACCUAUAUGUUAGUGAACAACACAGUAGAUAUAGGGCUGAUGCUCCCCCAAACAGCUCAAUGUCAAAACCUUCAUUUUCUUCAGGUCGUAAGGGGCUUCCCGUGAAUGAUCCAAUAUUAAAUUUUGGUCGGGAGAAACGAGUAUUUUCAAAGAAUGAAAGACCUUAUUUGGAUGAUCCUUUUCCAAAAGACUUUGGCGCUACAAGUUUUGAUGAAGGUGAUCCAUUUUCUGGUGGUCUUGUUGGGGUAAUUAAGAGGAAAAAGGACGUGGUUAAACAGGCUGAUUUCCAUGACCCUGUUAGGGAAUCUUUUGAGGCUGAACUUGAGAGAGUUCAGAAAAUGCAAGAAGUGGAGCGGCAACGGAUAAUUGAAGAACAAGAAAGAGCUUUGGAGCAAGCACGUAGAGAAGAAGAGGAGAGGCAGCGAUUAAUUAGAGAAGAGGAAGAAUGCCGGAGAAGACUUGAAGAAGAAGCCCGAGAAGCUGCUUGGAGAGCAGAACAAGAACGACUGGAAGCAAUUCAACGGGCUGAAGAACAGAAGAUAGCUAGAGAAGAGGAGAAACAGCGGAUACUUUUGGAGGAAGAGAGGAGGAAACAGGCAGCUAAGCAAAAACUUUUAGAAUUGGAGGCUAGAAUUGCUAAGAGGCAGGCUGAAGCUGGUAAGAGUGAUGAUUUUGCUGUUGUUACAGAUGAGAAAGUGUCUGCCAGGGUAAUAGAAAAAGAUGUCUCCAGGGUGCCAGCGCUUGACAACUGGGAAGAUGGUGAGAGAAUGUUGGAGAGGAUAACCACUUCAGGAUCUUCUGAUUCAUCUGGUUUGAACAGAUCCUUUGAACUGGGUUCUCAGACUCAAUCUUAUAGAGAUGGGUCUUCUGGUUUUAUGGACAGAGGGAAAUCUGCUAAUUCAUGGAGAAGGGAUGCAUUUGAGAGCAGUAAUAGUCCAUCUUUCCUUGUACAGGACCAGGAUAAUGGUCGUCACAAUCCCAAGCGAGAUGUGUCCAUUGGUGUGAGAGGAGGAUUCCCCAGGAAAGAAUUCUAUGAAGGACCUGGCUAUACCUCGUCAAGAGUUUACUAUAGGGGAGGGUUUCAAGAAACUCAUCUAGAAGAUUUUACUCAUCUAAAAGGGCAUAGGGCAUCUGGGGCUGGAGACCCUUACUGCAGAAACACAGAGAUAGACCCUGAAUUUAAUGAGAAUUAUGCUGAAAAGUAUGGUGAUGUUGGAUGGGGACAGGGCCAUUCACGUGGCAAUCCUCUUUCUCCUUAUACAGAUCGGAUGUAUUCUGAAUCAGACGAACUUUAUUCCUAUGGUAGGUUGCGGCAUUCCAUGAGACAACCUCGUGUCCUCCCCCCUCCAUCACUAGCAUCCAUUCACAAGACUCCUAUCAGAGGAGAAAAUGAUCUUCCUGGUCCCUCAACUUUCCUAGAAAAUGAUACGGAUUACAGUCAAGCUUCAAGAAGUGAAACUACCAUGCAAACAGUGUACUAUGGUGGCGAGCUUGAUAAGUUUGAAGCAUCACAAAUAGUUGAUAUCGAGGCACAAAGUACCAUGACUCAAGAGCAGACACUGGAUGAGGACACCACACUAAGAUGUGACUCACAGUCUUCACUCUCUGUUUCUAGCCCCCCUAAUUCUCCAACUCAUCUUUCCCAUGAUGACUUGGAUGAUUCUGGAGAUUCCCCUGCAGUAUCUGCUAUGACUGAGGGAAAAGAGAUUUCUUUCUCUGGGAAUGAAUCUAUCAUCUUAAAUGCCCACUCCAUUAAUGAAUCCGUGGCAGUAGCAUCGAAUUUAAUGUCCGCUGCUGAUGAAGAAGAUUGGGCUCUUGAGAACAAUGAAGAGUUCCAGGAGCAAGAAGAGUACGAUGAGGAUGAAGAUGGUUACCAGGAGGAAGAAGAAGUGCAUGAAGGAGAUGCUGAGAAUAUUGACCUGUCUCAGGAAUUUGAAGAUUUGUGUCUGGAAGAGAAAGGCUCCUCCCAUGUAGACAAUUUGGUCUUGGGCUUUGAUGAGGGUGUUGAAGUACAAAUUCCCAAUGAUGAGUUUGAAAGAAACUCUAGGAAUGAAGAAGGUACACUGGGGACACCAGAGGUUUCUGUUUCCAUUAUAGAAGAACAGCAACCUGUUACUGGGAUGGGAGGUGAUGGACACUGCCUUCAACAUUUAGAUGUCUCUCCACAAACAUGUACUGAUGGUUCUUUGAGGACGAUCCAAGAAGCUAACAUGGCAGUUGAAGAUUCUGUUAGUAAGCCUAUGGGUACUGCUCCUCAUACCUCAUUGACAUCCAAUCCUUUGAUUACUGUGGAUAAACCUAGUAUUUCUGGUUUACAUCCUCUUCAUGCAGUUCCAUCUUCAGUUAACUCGGUAUCAUAUUCUUCUUCUGGUCAGUCUGUCAUGUCUACUGGUCAAGCUGAUUUACCUGUUAAACUUCAGUUUGGGCUGUUUUCUGGUCCAUCUCUGAUACCGUCUCCAGUUCCAGCCAUCCAGAUUGGUUCCAUACAGAUGCCUCUCCACCUGCAUCCCUCAGAUGGUCCCUCCCUCGCUCAUAUACACUCAUCACAGCCACCACUCUUCCAGUUUGGUCAGCUCAGGUAUACAUCACCUAUCUCCCAAGGAAUCUUGCCGAUGGCUUCUCAAUCAGUGUCCUUUCUUCAACCCAAUGUUCAGGGAAAUUUUAAUUUGAAUCAGAGCUUAGGAGGUCCUGUAUCCAUCCAACCUAACCGGGAUGGUUCUGUUCAUAAACUGAUGAAAGAUGAUAUGGUAUCCACUUCAGUGAGCAAAGAAAAUGCAGAAAGCAGAACUAUAUUACAGACUAGUAGAGCUGAGAUUUCUGAUGCUGGCGACCAGUUAAUUUCAGAACAAGACACUGAUGCUGGAAACAGAGGGACGCAUGAUACAGUGGUGAAAAACUAUAAACCCACAUCAAAUGGAAAAGUAUCAGAACAGUUGCAUACUGGACCAACAUCCCAUUCUGUAUUGAGUGACAGAGAUUCUAGAGGAUUAAAGGCUCAAGGCCCACAAUCUAGUAACAAAGGGAAAAAAUUUGCUAAUUCAGCCAGAAAUUCUUCCCUGAGAUCAUCUCUUUUGGUCUCUGAGGCUUCUCGUUCAGAUACUAGUGGAUUUCAUAGGAGAUCUAGAUGGGCUACCCAACGGACUGAGUUGCGAGUUAGGGAAAAGGUUGAUAGGCGGCAAUCACCAGGCUUAGUCUCUUCUAACAACUUGGGGCAGGAUGAUAAGUCAGAUUAUGUUGGGAAUGAUAUGGGAGUUUAUGUAAAAGUUGGGUCUAAGAAAGAAAUUGUCGCUAAUAAACCAUUGAAACAGAUGGUUGAAUCUGAAUCUUCAAGUCAAGAUCCAGCAAGUUCUCAGUGGACUGAUUCUUCAAGCAAGGCAGAUAAGAAAUUUGAAAAAGAAACUUCAACAAAGACCCAGAGUAUCACACGCUCUGGGGAAGGAAACCUGAAGAGGACCAUAUGUUCUGAAGAGGAUGUUGAUGCCCCCUUGCAAAGUGGCAUAGUGCGUGUUUUCAAACAACCUGGCAUAGAAACUCCAAGUGAUGAGGAUGACUUCAUUGAGGUGAGGUCUAAGAGGCAAAUGCUGAAUGAUCGACGUGAACAAAGGGAAAAAGAAAUCAAGGCAAAAUCUCGCGUAGCAAAGGCACCUCGAAAACCCCGAUCUACUGUACAGAAUGCUGUGGUCUCAGCAGGCUCAAAUAAAAUUUCUACAUCAUUGGGUGGAGAAUCUGCAAAUAAUGUUCGUUCCAAUUUUGUUGCAUCUGAGGGACAGGGUUUAGCAAACACAGAAGCAUCCACCUCAUCUACCACUGUGGUCUCCCAGCCACUGGCUCCAAUUGGCACCCCUGCUGUGAAUUCCGAUCUGCAGGCUGAUAAAAGACAUCAUAACAUCAAGUCCAUCCAAGCAGGACUUAAUCCUGUCAUAUCCAAUAGUGGUAAAAAUAUUGGGCCUGACUUAAUGUUUGAGACGAAGAACAAAGUUCUGGAUAAUGUCCAAACAUCUUUGGGCUCUUGGAGUCAUGCACAGAUUGAUCAACAGGUUAUGCCCUUAACACAAAGCCAACUUGAUGAGGCUAUGAAACCUGGUCGAUUUGACACCCAUGUAGCUUCUAUUGGAGAUCGCAGUAGCUCUGUUGCUGAACCCAUCAUUACAACAUCUUCCCUAUUGACAAAGGACAAAUCAUUUUCUUCUGCUGCAAGCCCAAUCAAUUCACUGCUAGCUGGGGAGAAAAUUCAGUUUGGUGCUGUUACCUCCCCUACAGUCCUCCCUCCUGGUAGUCGGGCCAUCUCACAUGGAAUUGGAGCUCCUGGUUCCAGCCGGUCUGACAUCCAAAUUUCACAUAGUUUCUCUGCAGCUGAAAAUGAUUGUACUAUAUUUUUUGAAAAGGAUAAACACCAGAGUGAAACGUGUGCCCAUUUAGAAGAUUGUGAAGCUGAAGCUGAAGCUGAAGCAGCUGCUGCUGCUUCAGCUGUUGCUGUUGCAGCCAUCAGCAGUGAUGAGAUUGUUGGUAACAGGCUGAGUACAUGUGCUGUUUCUGUUUCAGAUACCAAAAGCUUUGGAAGUGCAGAUAUUGAUGGCAUCACUGCAGGUGAUCAACGAUCAACAAGUCAAUCAAGGGCAGAGGAGUCUCUCAGUGUAGCUCUUCCAGCAGAUCUCUCAGUUGAGACUAUGCCAAUCUCCUUGUGGCCACCUUUACCAAGUCCACAGAAUUCUUCUAGUCCGAUGCUUUCUCAUUUCCCUGGAGGUGCAGCAUCCCACUUCCCAUUCUAUGAGAUGAACCCGAUGUUGGGUGGUCCCAUCUUUACUUUUGGUCCGCACAAUGAAUCUGGCGGGACCCAGUCACAGUCCCAAAAGAGUACUGCAUCAGGUUCAGGACCUCUUGGUACAUGGAAAACGUGCCAAUCUGGCAUGGACUCAUUCUAUGGUCCUCCCACAGGAUUUAGUGGUCCUUUCCUUAGUCCACCUGGAGGUAUUCCAGGGGUCCAAGGGCCCCCUCACAUGGUGGUCUAUAAUCAUUUUCCAGUCGGACAAUUUGGCCAGGUUGGUUUGAGUUUCAUGAGUACCACCUAUGUUCCGUCUGGAAAGCAACCUGAUUGGAAGCACAACCCGACAUCAUCUGCAGCAGCAGCAGCCGGUAGUGGUGAGGGGGAUAUGACUGGUACAAACAUGGUAUCUACACAGCGAAAUCCUCCAAACAUGACUGCUCCUGUUCCGCUAGCCCCUGGAUCGCAGCUUCUGCCCAUGGCAUCUCCUUUGGCCAUGUUUGAUAUGUCACCAUUCCAGUCGGCCCCUGACAUGUCAGUCCAAGGACGGUGGUCCCAUGUCCCUGCAUCGCCCCUUCACUCCGUUCCUCUGUCAAUGCCGUUGCAGCACCAGGAUGCAGGUGUGCUGCCGCCUCAGUUUACCCAUGGACGCCCCAUGGAGCAGGCAUUAACUCCCAACAGGUUUUCUGAAUCUCGAAUUUCGACACCAUCUGACAGCAGCCGAAAUUUCCAUGUGGCAACAGAUAUGACUGCCACGCAAUUUCCUGAUCAACUUGGGUUAGGGGAUUCAUCAACCUCAACUGUUGCAGGGGCAUCAGCGCAAAGUGCUGUCAAGCAGACCUCCUCAGGUGGCACCAUUGCAGACAUUGCCAAGACUGAUGCUGCUCAGAAUGGCAGCAGUAAUAGCAAUAAUGGCCAGAACGCAAAUGCUUUCAAGGCUCGAUCUUCUCAGCAAAGGAAUUUAUCUUCCCAUCAGUACAGUCAUUCUGCGGGAUAUAAUUAUCAGAGAGGUGGGAUGACUCAAAAGAAUAGUUCAGGUGGCGAUUGGUUGCACCGCCGAAUGGGUUUCCAUGGACGGAAUCAAUCUCUGGGUGCAGAGAAGGGUUAUUCCUCUUCAAAAGUGAAGCAAAUUUAUGUGGCUAAGCAGAGCACAAGUGGGACAUCUACUGUUGGUUGAGCAGAGAAGUGCGGCUUCUAAGAUCUUUGCGAGUGGAAAAAUCAUGACUAUACCAUUUUGAUGGAACUAAAUACUUGGGUUAGUUUUUUUGUCCACAUAUUUUGUACUUGUAGGGUGUAUUGACUUCUAGAUUGGUUUGUGUUUGACCAAUACUAUGGUUGGGGGGGGAGAGGGUAAUGUUGGUUUCUUGAUCAAAAUUUUAGUAUUGAUUAAGAGUAGAGGUAUUGGAUGGCUUAAAGUGCUAGCGCUAGUGCUUAGAGGAAGGAAAGGGUUUGAUGCGGCAUAUCCGACAUGUGGAUGACCGUAUUUUCCUUUGCUUUGUUUAUUUGUUUGUUUUGUUUUGCUUUGCUUGGUAGGUGGUGUUUUUUUGGUUUAUUUCGUUCUUGCCAAUAGAUGUAAUGAGACCGAAACGCGAAGAAAAAGAACCAGCAGGGCGACCUUUCAUUUCAGGUCAACCAUCAUAAAUCUGGGGAAUGUUUUGUCUCCCAUCCAUACUA